UGUUUGUUUACGUAGCGAGAAGCGUGUUAGCCGUAUUAGGUGUCUAUUUAUAACAGAAUAUAUUUUUUUAAGACAUGAAGAUAAAUCUUUGAAAUUUGUUGCCAACAGGGAGGAGAGACAUAAUUUGCUGUUUGGUUUCAAAACGUUUGAUUUGUCUAAAGUUAUUAGCUUUUGUUCGGAAACAGAAUGAAAGAAAGGAGCGAAACAGAAUCUGAUGAAAAUCACGAUAACUUUGAUAAAGAAUCUGUGCCAUGGUGGAGCUCAUGUCGUCUAGCAUUGGCAGUAUUAGGAUUUUUCGGGUUUGUGAAUGUGUAUGCUCUACGCGUGAACAUGAGUGUUGCAAUCGUUUGCAUGGUAAACCAAACAGCAAUUCGUCUCAAAGAUGCAAAAGUGGGCAGUAACGAAACGCAAAUAAGUUCCAGUAGUCAGUGUGGAUUUAUUGAAGCAAAAAAUGCUUCAAAUGGAACUGGUACUGAUAUGAAGGAUGGGGAAUUUGAGUGGAACAAAUCUGUGCAAGGAGUGAUACUUGGAUCAUUCUUCUGGGGAUACCUGCUCACCCAGAUUCCCGGGGGCUGGCUGGCAACCAAGAUUGGCGGAAAACGUGUUUUCGGAUACAGCAUGUUAGGGGCCACCAUAGCUACAUUUCUCACACCGUUCGCAGCCCAGACACACUAUAUCUUCUUGAUAGUGUUACGUGUUAUUGUUGGAAUUACUUCGGGAGUUUGUUACCCGUCCAUGCAUGCCCUGUGGGGAGCCUGGGCACCACCCUUGGAGAGGAGUAAACUGGCUGCAUUUACCUAUGCUGGUUCACAGGUUGGAAAUGUUAUAACAUUCCCUCUAGCUGGUCUACUCUGUAAAUAUGGUUUUGCUGGUGGCUGGCCAUCCAUAUUCUAUAUAUUAGGAAUUCUAAGUUUUGUUUGGCUCGUACUAUGGAUGAUCUUUGUGAGUGAUUCUCCAGCGCAGCAUCGGCGUAUCACUAAAGCUGAGAGACACUAUAUCCAACACGCUCUCAAAGACAGCGUUAAAUCUGAUGGUGAUAAGAAAUUAGACGUGCCAUGGUUACGUAUGGCAGUAUCAAUGCCUGUGAUAGCUAUCCUGGUUGCUAACAUUACGACGGACUGGGGAACAUACACUCUACUCACCAGUAUACCAACAUACAUGAAUGAAGUUUUAAAACUCGAUAUAUCGGCAAAUGGUUUAUUCUCUGCCCUACCAUACAUUGUUUUCUGGGCUAUGAUCAAUGUGUCAGGGUGGAUGGCUGAUUUUAUCAUGGCAAAGGGAUGCUGUACAAUUGUUAUAGCCAGAAAGUCUUUCACUAUUGCAGGGAUGUUGCUUCCAGCAGCAUUACUGAUAGGCCUUGGAUAUGUGGACUGCACCCAACCGGGUGUUGCUAUUGCCCUGCUGAUACUUGGUGUGGCAACAACAGGAUUUCAGUACAGUGGAUGGAUUGUGAACCAUAUGGAUGUUGCCCCAGCUUUUGCGGGAAUAUUGUUUGGUAUAACCAACUCCAUUGCGGCUGUAACAGGAUUUUUGUCACCCUAUGUUGUUGGAGUAAUUACUGAUGUGCAGCAAGAUAUAUCUAAGCAGGACCAGUCAAGGGAACAAUGGCAGAUUGUGUUUUAUAUAGCCGGUGGUUUCUACAUAUUUGGCGCAGUUUUCUAUGGAAUAUUUGCUUCGGGUGAAAUACAACCGUGGGCACGUGAUGAGGUUGCGGCAGCUGUAGAAGAGGAACUUCUGCAUGGUACAGAAUUGCAAGUAAAGGCCUCAGAGAAUAAUAUAAAUGGAAUAGCAGAAAACCAAAUAUGAUGACAAGAUAGGAGAGAUUCCAAAGGAUGUGAUGUCUCAACAGUUUCCUUCAGAAGAAAAAGAACAAAAGAAAAAAAGCAAUAAACGAGGAAAAAGAUUAGUUUAAAAUGAGGUGUAUAAUCUCUUCUCAAUAAGCAACAAAUAAUGCAAUUAUGUUAAUACAACUACAUCACUGAUUCAUAUAGAAAUUUCGGCUGUUUAAGACCCACAAGUCUCUGUUCCCUGAUAAGUUAUAGUUGCAAAAUGACCAAAUUAUCACAGCAAUUUCAAUUGCAUGUCAUGUUCCUCGUUCAGUCAUGGUUACCAGAAAGAAUCACUGUCCUAAUUAGAACAGGAAAUUCAGUCAGAACAAAUUAUAUAUUUGAUAUGACAGAUUUUAGAAAGAUUUCCAAAAUAUGAAAGGAAGUUAGUAAUCUUGAAUGGCAUCUGCCCCUAAGCUUACCAUACCUGGAUUUAGACAAAUUUGUAAGAAAAUAUUUAUUUCUUGAUUGAGAUGUGUCUUUUUUGUUAAAGAAGUUUUGUUUGAGUCUGUUUAAGCUUGUUACCCACUUGAAAAUGGGGUAUAUUGUUUUGCUCAUGCCAGUCUGUUUCUAUUUGUUUACUGAGAAUGGUUUCCUAUAAGAUAUCAGAAAAUGCUUCAGACUAAAGUGUUCAAGAUUCAACGGAUGGUUGCCUGUAAUUACCAGAUGACCACUUCUAGUUUGGGGGUCAGUAGGCCAAAGUCAUUGACUAGAAAAAUGGUAUUUCAUCUGUAGCCAGAGAACGGUAUUGCCACACAGGGCUUAUUAUCUGAAGUCUGUAGAUACCCAUUUUGUUUUUGGAGAUCAGGCAUUCUGAGGUCAAGGUCACAGCAACAUCGGGAUAAAAAUGGUUUUACAUCAGUUUGAGAAUGAGUUGGCCAGUCCAUUACUGUUUAAUGACACACAGCUACAGAAAGAUUGGGCCUGUGGCCAUCACACUUCAAACCUUGAAACAGGUCAUCAGUAGGGUGAGAGGCAUAUGCAACAGCUUUUUUCAUGAUAAUUAAUGUUCAGAAUUUUUUUAUAUUAAAAAUCAUGUGAAUGACAUCUGUAUAAAUCAAGGAAGAAAAAUGACACAUAAAUCUGUAUAAAUCAUUUUGAUAAAUUUAGGAAAAUGGGUAGAUAUUUGAAAUGUCUAGUCAUAUAUUCGAAUCAUCAUCACUAUUAUGAGUUACAUAUUGAUAAUCAGUUUUCUACAUAAUGGUUGCCAAAAUGUAUAUUUUUUUCUUCUUAGUGUGAUCUUAACACAGGUAAUGGGUAGAUGAAGUGUUGUUUUAUCUAAGUGUAUUUAAAGUUGCCAUGGGUUUAUUUGGACCACUCCUCCAUAAGAAAAUUAGUAAACUUAGGUUUUGAAAAUAUUGUACAAGAUGCAAGUGUUUCAUUUUUAUAUGCCUUUGAAAUUGAUCACCUGCAGCAGGUGGGCAGGCAGAUGAUGGAGUCCACUAAAGUUUUCUGCUCGCUUGAGCAUCUCUUGUCCAGUUUUCACCAGACUUGGUAACAUGAUAACCAGCUAGAUUUUCUAUGAGAUGCACCCUACACAACUUAGAUUUAAAGUUAUAUCAUAAAGAGAGUCAGGAAGUUUAGUUAGAAGAGCUGGGGGCUUGAGAAUAGAAUACAUGAACCCUGGCUUUGUAGUCCAGGUUUUUUACCACUAUCUCAGAUAGGUAAAAUAUGCUCCUUCUUGUCAUAGUGUAAUACACAGCAUCAUUCAUGCAUCAUUUAUGAUUGUGUUCAAAGCAUAUAUGUUCUAGUCACCUUCGUAUGGGUAUUUCAAGGAUUAUAAUGGUUGUAAUCUUGAUCAACGUUUUAUCCAUGUAAGAACAUUAUUUUGCCAAAAAGAAUCUCCACAGGUUUCCAUAAUUGUAUUCAUUGUUUUUUAUGAAUGAAAAUUUGUGUUGUUUAGAAUGUUUGAUGUUGGGGAAAGUUGUUAUAUACUAAUGUUAGGAUGACCAUGAAAACUAAUGUGAUUAAGUCAAAUUCAGCUGUUCAUUCAUGGAAGAAAAAUUGCACUUUCCUUUUCUUUGGAAAUUCAUAUACCUACUUCUUUCAAUAAAUGAUUAUGACUUGCUCCACAUGACAGUACAGUAUUUUCUGAAUCAGACAAUUCAGAAUUUGUUAUUGCUACAUGAAUUAACAAUAAAAGUUUAUGAUGAUAAAAGUAUAAGCAUGAAAAUCAAAGUCAUCAAAUGCUGUUGCAUUAUUCUUUGUGUGUACUUUUUAAGUUACCAGUAAUUUUGAACCCCUUGAUCUAGAUUGAGUUGGUCUGAAUUUUUUCCCCCAUUUUUCACCAAGAAAGGGACUCCGUUGCCGAGUGGUUAAGCUCGUAGACUUCAAAUCACUUGCCCCUCACUGUUGUGGGUUCAAGCCUUCUGUGAAGAAGCCAUCUGGUUGGCUUACAGAAGGUUGGUGGUUCUACCCAGGUGCCCGUCUGUGAUUAAAUAAUUCCCCAGAGGGACACCUGGGUUCUUCCUCCUUAAUGAAAAGCUGGAAAGUCACCAUAUGACCUAUAAUUGUGUCAGUGUGAUACAUAACCCAACAAAAACAAUACAGAUUUGCACCAAAAAGAUGAGUAUAGAACAAAUUGUUUAUUUUAAAUUUUUCUGUACAAUAUGGGUUAUAUUUAGACUUUGUACAGAUCUGAGUUAUAUCCUUAUCAACUUGGUAUCUGUUUUUGAAUGGUUUCAGGUUUAUUUUUGAAAUAUGUUUGCUUUACUUGCGAAUUUAUUUCUAUGUCAUUUGUGUAAUUUUACAAUGUAUGAUCUCCUGUUCUGAUGGUGAAUUAUUAUGACAUUUUUUUUUAAAUUAGAUUCUAGUUUGAUUUUUUUUCAAGACAUUGUACAACAUAUGAAAUGAAUAUUAUAUUGUCAUUAAAUAGGUAUUUAAUCACUUAAAUAUUAUUUAUUAACCCAAUAAAAUUAUACAUUUUUGUACAUUUAUGCUUGUUUAGAGCCUUACUCACAGAUUGCUUUUUGCUUUAGAUGCUUAGUAGAAUUAAUUAACAUAUACUUCAUGUUGUGUUGUCUCAUUAUUUAAAACAUACAUACUUUAUAGCUCAAUAGAUAAUGUUUUACAGAAGAUGUAUUUUAAGUAAUUUUAUAUCUGGCAGAAACGUUCUUGACCAAAGGUUAUGAUCUUUAUUAUUUUAUCUAGUUGAUUAUAAAAAGAAACUAAAUAUCAUUAUUCCUGAUGUGAUUAUUUCAGUGCCAAAUGAAAAUCAAAGAACAGUUUUAUAAUGAAAUGUUUUGGUAAACGUUGUUAGUGGUAUACCAACAAAAAUUCAAAAUAAGCUUGCCAUAAAAUUUUUACAUAAUUAGUAUGGUACAUUUAUUAGAGAAGGAAUGCUUACCCUUAUACAGUUUUCAAGUUUUAAGGUAACAUUCGUCUGAUGUACACCAAUUUAUCCAUUAAAUAUCACAGAUCUCAUCAAUAUGCUUUAUUUUCACAUUAAGUCAGACAUAAGAAAAACUUUGGAUUAUUUUUGUAGAGAUACUAUGAUUGAAAAUGCUCUUAAUGUACAACAGACAGUUAAGUGCCAUGAGUCAGCAUCACCAUGGCACAGACACCCACUUUUUGAAAUCUACAACUUCUUUUUGGAAAACUCUGUUGUGUGAAGAACUGUUAUUUUUAGACUAUUCUGAUACUUCUUAUCUUUGUUUUGUUUAUUUUGCUGUGCUUACUGGUCAUUUUAGAAAUGUGCUUUUGUUUAGUAAGGAUUUAUUGUAUUUUCAUGCCCGGUGAAAAGGCUACAUAGGAGUAUAUAGUUACCAUUUUUUGGUCAGUCUGUUUUGUUUUCUAGCCUACAGAUGUAAAUUUGGAAGCAGAAGCUCUAGAAUGCUAAAACUGUAAGCUAUCACUUGUGGUGAUGUCGAUUCUUUUAAUGGAAAAAAGUUUUUUAUCAUGGUUUGUCUAUGAUAAUAGUUAUUUCCCUUUGUGAGCUUAUACUUGAUAAAAAAGCCACGUAUAUAUUGAAAUUAUACAAUUGUUGUGUAGGACUCUUGAUAUAUAAAAUGGAUUACUGUUAGCUUCUGAAUAUCUGCUUUUUAGCUCACCUGUCACAAAGUCUGUGCGUCCGUCCGUCCGUGCAUGCGUGCGUAAACUUUUGCUUGUGACCACUCUACAGGACACAUUUUUCAUGGGAUCUUUAUGAAAAUUGGUCAGAAUGUUCACCUUGAUGAUAUCUAGGUCAAGUUCGAAACUGGGUCACGUGCGGUCAAAAACUAGGUCAGUAGGUCUAAAAAUAGAAAAACCUUGUGACCUCUCUAGAGGCCAUAUUUUUCACAAGAUCUUCAUGAAAGUUGGUGGUCUGAAUGUUCAUUUUGAUGAUAUCUAGGUCAGGUUUGAAACUGGGUCACGUGCCAUCAAAAACUAGGUCAGUAGGUCUAAAAAUAGAAAAUUCUUGUGACCUCCCUGGAGGUCAUACUUUUCAUGGGAUCUGUAUGAAAAUUGGUCAGAAUGUUCAUCUUGAUGAUAUGUAGGUCAAGUUCGAAACUGGGUCACGUGCGGUCAAAAACUAGGUCAGUAAGUCAAAUAAUAGAAAAACCUUGUGACCUCUGUAGAGGCCAUAUUUUUCAUGGGAUCUGUAUGAAAAUUGGUCUGAAUGUUCAUCUUGAUAAUAUCUAGGUCAAGUUUUAAACUGGGUCACGUCCGAUCCAAAACUAGGUCAGUAGGUCAAAUAAUAGAAAAACCUUGUGACCACUCUAGAGGCCAUAGUUUUCAUGGGAUCUGCAUGAAAGUUGGUCUGAAUGUUCAUCUUGAUGAUAUCUAGAUCAAGUUUGAAACCGGGUCAACUGCGGUCAAAAACUAGGUCACUAGGUCUCAACAUAGAAAGACCUUUUGACCUCUCUAGAGGCCAUAUUUUUCAAUGGAUCUUCAUGAAAAUUGGUCAGAAUUUUUCUCUUGAUGAUAUCUAGGUCAAAUUCAGAAGUAGGUCACAUGAGCUCAAAAACUAGGUCACUAUGUCAAAUAAUAGAAAAAAACGACGUCAUACUCAGUUCAUGUGGGGGCAGGUGAGCGAUUCAGGACCAUCAUGGUCCUCUUGUUUAAAUAAUGUAAGUUACAAAUUUUACUCAUUCCAUCGAUUAGUGGUUAUAGUUCUUGCAAAACAAGUAUUAGAUAGAAUCUUAUUGUUAUGUUCAUCAAUUUGUAUAUUGAUAUGUUUUACAUGUUUACUAUUUCUUGCUUAACAGUAUACCAGCAAUAACAUAUAUUGGCUGUAUCAAGACCUGAAUCAUGUGUCUCAAAACCCAACAAAAAAAUAUGAAACCAAAAAAGCACCAAAGUAUUCCGUACACAGAGAUGAAGGUAUCUAGCUGUCUAACUGGCAGGUAUAAGAUCGGUGGUUUUACCCAGGUGGCUGCCGGUUCCUGAAAUAAUGCCAAAAGAAGCACUUUGGUUCUUCCCAGACAAUUUGAAGCCGGAAAGUUGCCCAAUAUAUUUUAAAAUUGCAGUCCAUUUGUCUCAAAUCUUAUCAGCAGUUUAUUCGUUUCAUAAUUUAAACUCGGGCAAAUGUUAUAUUAAAGAUAAAUGAAUUUGGUUUUAAUAUUUGUUAUGACAAUGUAUUUUGUGAGUUGUCACAGAAUUAUUGUAAUGAUGGAUAAUUUUGUUAUUAUUUGAAUACGGAUUACAUAUUUUUCAAUUUUAACCAACAUAUUUACUUUUAUUUAUGAGCCAUAUGUUCUAUUUUAAGCAACCAUUUUUUUUUCAAGAUUCUUUAUUAUUGUUUAGUCAUAGUUAUUUUACAUUAAUACUUGCAUUUAUGUAUAGGUUGCUUCCCUAAGCACCAAAUAUAGUCUCACAUUUUGUAGUCUCAAGUUUCUCCACAUAAUUAAUUAUGAAUGCUAUAAGUGUAUUACCGGUAUAUAUAAUUUUAUUUUAUUUACUUUAAAAUUUACACUGAUCACCAUUAUAUUCAUACGUUUUAUGUAGCUGUAUGUUUGGGUAUGUCAGAUUCGUUUUUGUUUACUUGUAAAACAGAGACUAUCUUGUCCCAGUAGUGACAGUUGCUUGCCAUAGGUGCUGUGGGGGAUGAUGUUUAAUUUGAUGUAAUUGAUUAAGAAUUCAUAUUGAUAUAUAUAUAUAUAUCUAUAGAAUAAGGUAAAAAUGUAUCAAAUUUGUUAGCCCUGGAUCAAGUCUUGGUAUACUUUUUGGUUAAUUUCAGAGAAAUGUUUUUGGCUGAAGUUGAAAUUCAUUGUUUGGCAAAAUACUAUUUGAUGUUUGAUAUUCAAAAUGGUAAUCAUUGUUAUGUUGUUGAUGCAUCAGUAUCUCAUUAACAUUUAAUCAGUUACAUCCCUGUUUGCCAUAGGUGGUGCAGAUUAUUUGCGAUUGGUGAAUAAGUUUUACAAAGCUUGCGCCAGAUAGAUAAAUAUUGCUAGUCGCGGGGGAUUUCAAGUGCAGUUUAUUCCACCAGUCAUAGGUCAGUCUGGCUGUUAGAUAUUGACGGUCAGAAAUGUUUGCUUUAUAGUUACAUCCCAUUUUCAUAGUCAACAUUUGUAGCGUAGCUACUUUCUUAUCAGAAGGCAUGUAUUUUCUCAUCCUUCAGUCUGUAUUUCGUAAGUAGGCAGUUGGCGAGUAUCGGCCUAAAGUGUUCAUAAAUAUGGGCCCACCCAGACAUAGGGAAAUGCAGGCUCAGAAUGUUAAUGAUUAUUUGCCCAGAUUGUUUUGUCAGUAUGAGUUGAUAUGAUGUAAACUUGCACAAUUGUGAUUGGAAGAAUGUGAUAGGUCAGGAACUCAUUUUCUCCUCCAUGUCACUCAGACAUUUCACCGUCGUUUAUAUGACUGAAAAAUUGUUGAAAAAGAUGUUAAACCCAAACACACACACACACACACACACACAGACAUUUCAUCCUUGCUUGUUAUAAGUACUGGUACUAAGCCAACAUACAAGUACGGUACUAAGCCAACAUUCAUUUACAUUUAUUUGUGAUAACAGCUUAAUGCUAGGGUAGCUACUGGAACUCAAAUAUUUUGGUAUCUUAUUUUUAUACCAGUUUAUUAGCUCCACUAUUCGGAGAAUAGGGGUUCUAUUCUACUCGUCCCGGCGUCGGCAUCUGCGUUGGCAUUGACGUCAGCGUGUCACUUUCUUGGUUAAAGUUUUUCGGCAACCUUUGUUUUUCUGUCAUAUCUUUGUUACUAUUGCUUAUAUCUUACUGUAACUUCACAUAAACAUUGUCCAGCAUACAAACAAAGUAUGUGCAGGGGCUGGGCCCAUUAUACUCGAGGUCAAGGUCACCAAGGUGUUAUACUUACUAGGUUGUUUUUAUGGUCAGUUUUUCGGCAACCUUUGUUUUUCUGUCAUAUCUUUGUUACUAUUGCUUAUAUCUUACUGUAACUUUACAUAAACAUUGUCCAGCAUACAAACAAAGUACCUGCAGGGGCUGGGCCCAUUAUACCCAAGGUCAAGGUCACCAAGUUGUUAUACUUGGAAUUAUUUUCAUGUUAAAUUUUUUCAAAAGCUUCGUUUAUAGACAUAUCUUUGGUACUUUAAAAGGUAAUGACUUGAAAUUAAAAAUAUUUCUUUAUAAUCAUCAUCUGCGUAUGUGGUUACAAUCCCCAUAACUCUAAUUGUAUUUUUGACAGAAUCAUGCCCCUUUCAUACUUAAUGUUUUUAGGCAAUCUUCGCUUUCUGGAUAUAACUUUAGUACAAUAUAAGAUAAUGACUUGAAACUUAAAAUGUAUCUUUAUCAUCAUCAUCUGCAUGUGUGGUAACAAUCCCCAUAACUCUGAUUUGUAUUUUUGACCAAAUUAUGCCCCUUUUAUACUUAAUUUUUUUUUUUUAAUUCAGACAUAAAUUCAUUUUACUGUCAAAUCGCCGAAUAGUGGAGCGCGCUGCCUUAUGGACAGCUCUUGUUUUUAAUCCUUAAUCACUAUUAUGAUUUUGCAAAGUGUUCUGGUAUGUAAGUAGCCUUUUCUGAUUGUACCGUUUGUGAAACAGUCAUGUACCGUUUGUGAAUUUGUUAGGUCACAGAACUUUGUUGUGAUUGAUGUUUCUCUUGCCUGGAUAUAGCUGGUUGUCCCUCUUGCCUGGAUAUAGCCGGUUCACAGAAGAAAUCUUAAAAGUUGUCACAUUUCAUUGGUUAAUAGUUAUAUCCCAUUUUCGUAACAUUUGUAGCAUAGCUACAUUUCACAUCAGAAGGCAUGUAUUCACAUAUCUAUCUACAAAGGGGUUAGGCAGUAACUAGCAUGAUUUUUAUGUUGUAUAUGUUAUGUACAUAUCUAAUAAUACCAUACUGCCAUACAUAGGAAGGCAUUACAACUGACAUAAAUGAGAGUUGAGGCAUUCUUACUGAAUGUCUUUAAAGUAAUAUAAAUUAGAAGAGUUUAUUUAUUGGAUAAUAUGAUAGAGUUUUUUCUAUUUCAUAUAUAAUAUUAUUUAGGGAUUGUUGAUUUUAUUUUUUGUAUGUUUUAGUUGAGUAUAAACGAUAUCUUAUACAAUGGAGACACCGGUUAAUAGAUUACUGAUGAAUGUUUUUGAGACUGUGUUACUGAAUUAUGUGGAGUAUGUUGUUCCUUUAUGCCUGAUGUUUACAUUAUGUGGACUGUUACGAAAUUUGGACAAAAAGGCUGUAACGGGGUAUUUUCGUUACGUGGAAAUGGAAAAAAUGCAGGGUAUAUUGAUGACUGAUGUUUAUAUGAAUUGAGUACACAUUCAAUUAUGUUGUCACUUUCAGAAAGGGCCAUCUUACCGAAUCAAAAUGUUUUAAAUGGACUUAACUCCAGGUUUUUGUCAAAAUGUUCUAAUUCUCAAAACAGAUUAAAACAUAUGGAGGGUAUUGAAAUUAAAAUUGAAUAUGACUGAAA